AUGCUGGAGCAGCCAGGUACUUCAGCCUCCGCCUCUAGCCUGAGUAGCGCACAGCCUGGCAGCAGUACAAGUAAGCGACCCAACACGCGCUCUCAGUCAGCGCGCAACAAAAAGUCUACACCCAGUGCCGCUGAGGGUAGGUCCUCUUCCACUAGGCCUAAACGCUCUGCCCCACAGUGGGUAGAGAUAGAUGUUCCUAGUGUAUUUCAGGAUCCCUCCUCUCAAAUUGCGCCCUCUGAAGGCGGUUCAGCUUCAUCCUUGGAGGAGGAGGAGGCCCAGCCGCAGUCUGAAGCUUCCGUAAACACAGGACAGGCCCCAGACGCCACUGAACAACAGGGAGGAAAAAGGAAGGCGAAGAAAAAAAAUAAAUCAAAGAAGACCAAGAAGAGCAAGCGUUCCGACACCGAGGAGGAAUCAGGUACUUCCUCUUCAGAUUCUGAUAGCGAUGCCCCCCCUGGAGGCUUAAUGGAGUCUUGGGGAAGAUAUUUCUGGGGUCCCCUUGUGGGUUCAUGAGAGGAGGGCUAAUUCCCACCGUAAAACAUUCAAUGGGUCCCUGGAAUGGAAGGGAGGUGCGCUGGUGGAGGACGUAAAAACAUCCACUAACCUUUCCACCGAUUUUAUUUUGGGUAACCACUUGUCCAAAAGGAAAAGGGCAAGGAUCCUUAAUGGGGACUACAUAGACAUAUUCACCCUACUACCACGAGCGAAGGUGUCGAGAAAGGGGGAAAAGAAGCAGGCUUACAGUAGGCAUAAGUAUAGGACGCCACGGGCUGAACGCAACUUUGAGAACUGGCUGGAUAGGUUUCAGGUUUACAUGGCGGUAGUUUGUGCGUGUUAUCCCAAACGCAGUAUGCAUCUCGUGGCCUACAUUGCUCACGUUAGGAGGGCCUUUGCCCUGGCGGGGGAGGAGGCGGCCUUAACGUAUGAUGAUUUUCACAGAAAUGCUUCUUUACUGCCCACUACCCCAUGGGAUCUGCGGGAUCAGAACUAUUGGAUGGAGCACGUGGGCCCUUACAUGGAAAAGAAGCCACAGGACCCUCAAAAAUCUGGGAAGGUCAAGCCAAAAAGGCGUCGGCAAUGCUGGGAAUAUAAAAGAGGCACAUGCUUACGGCCAACUUGUAAGUACUUGCACGAGUGCGAGAAAUGUCUGGGUAACCACCCGGCCUCAGCAUGCUUCAAAGGUAAGCAGCCCUUUCGGGGUGGCAGGGGGCACUUCCACCAAGGUAACCGUGGUGCCCCCAGUCCCUCCCAGGGCGCAGCCAGAAACCGUUAUUAAUACUAAUCUCAGUCUGGCCUUCUCUCCAAUUAAACAUCAUCCAUUAAAAGCCCUCCUUGACUUAUACCCAAAUAGGCAAGCUGCUAGGUACCUUUGGGAGGGGUUUUCCCUAGGCUUCAGAAUCCCUGUCUCAGUCACACCCAACUCCGGAAACCCACCUAAUCAGAAAUCAGUAAAAGACACGCCAGAAGUUGCUAGAAAGAAAAUACACAAGGAAAUUGCUGCUGGUAGAGUAGCUGGCCCCUUCAUGGAGCCUUUUGAGGGUUUACAUAUUUCACCUUUAGGUAUCGUUCCCAAGAAGGCCCCUGUGAAUACCAUAUGAUACACAACCUUUCCUAUCCUAAGGGGAGUUCAGUUAAUGAUUCAAUUCCACAAGAGCUAUGCUCUGUUAAGUAUGCCUCCUUUGACCAAGCGGUAAAGCUUAUUCGCAAAUACGGGAGGGGAGCUAUGUAGCAAAGUGUAACAUCGAGUCGGCCUUCCGCCUCCUUCCAGUUCAUCUGGAAGACUUCUGUUGGCUGGGUUUUAAGUUUGAGGGGGCAUAUUUCAGUGAUAAGGCCAUGCCCAUGGGUUGUUCUGUGGUUUGUGCAGCCUUCGAGACCUUUAGCACCUUCCUGGACUGGGCCCUCCGCUUUAAGACAGGUUCCGAAGGGGUGGGGCAUUAUUUGGAUGACUUUAUUCUGGUGGCCAGUAAUGCGCCCGACUGUGCAGCCUUGCUUCAAGCAUUUACAUCACUGGCAGAGGAGCUGGGCGUUCCUUUAGUGAACGACAAAACAGAGGGCCCAGUCACAACCAUGACAUACUUAGGCAUUGAACUUGAUACUAUCACCCAAACAUCUCGCUUACCCAGGGAGAAGCUGGCUGCACUUCAGGAGUUCAUCUUACAGCUGCUGCCCCUUAGGAAGGUUACCCUCAGACAAAUCAAGUCACUCCUAGGUCACCUUAACUUCGCUUGCCGGGUUGUAGCCCCAGGCCGCCCCUUUUGUGGGCGUUUGGCGAGAUUGUCAGCAGGUUUACGCUCUCCCCAUCACAGGGUCCUCCUAUCGAAAGCAGUUAAGUCUGAUCUGGAGGUAUGGCUGGAGUUUCUGGAUACACACAACAGCAUUUCAUUAUGGCAGGACAACCUGUCACUCCAGGCCGACUUUCGAGUUCAAUCGGACGCAGCAGGUUCUCUUGGCUUCGGGGUUUAUUUCAGGGGACAGUGGUGCGCGCAACUGUGGCCUUCUUCCUGGCAGGCAAACCUAUUACACGUGACCUUACCUUUCUGGAGUUUUUCCCAAUAGCGGUGGCGGUGCAUUUGUCGGCAGAGGAGUUCAAGGACCACCGGGUGUGCUUCUGGACAGACAACCAGGCCGUGGUUUCCAUACUUGCUAGGCAAUCCUCGCAUUCACCAAGGGUGGCAGCUCUACUGAGAUCAUUUGUCCUUUUGUGCCUAAAAUUAAAUAUUUAUUUCUCGGCCAAGUUUGUACCAGGAAUUAAUAACGAUAUCGCAGAUGCUCUAUCUCGCUUCCAGAUGGAUCGCUUCCGCUCAUUGGCGCCGGAUAUACAGCAAUUGCCUCAACCGUUUCCGGAACACCUUUGGAGCCUUGGGAGCGAGAAGUCCUAAAAGGGACUAUUAGCGGCCGACAUAUUGGGAAAUUUUGGAACAAGACGGAGAUAGACUGAAAUUGCAGAGUUUUGAGAAAUUAAAAAACAAAGUGCGAGAUUGGCUUCACUAUUGUCAGAUAAUGGAGGCAUAUAAUUUGGAUAAGAAAAUAGGCUUCCAGGUGGAAAAGUCAAAAUUAGAAACAGAACUGCUAGAACCCAAAACUAAGAAUUUGUCAAGAAUGUAUAACUUGCUGUUGAAAUGGAAUACUCAGGAUGAAAGGGUGAAAUCUGCUAUGAUUAAAUGGGCACAAGAUGUUGGACACAAUAUUAUGUUUGCUGACUGGGAACAGUUAUGGACCACAGGUAUGAGGUUUACGGCAUAUAAUGCCUUAAGAGAGAAUAUUAUGAAAAUGAUAUACAGGUGGUACAUGACCCCAGUCAAGCUUGCAAAAAUCUAUCAUUUGCCCAAUAAUAAAUGUUGGAAAUGUAAAGAAACUGAAGGUACAUUCUUUCACCUUUGGUGGACGUGCCCAAAGAUCAAGGCUUUCUGGGAAAUGAUAUAUAAUGAAUUGAAAAAGGUAUUUAAAUAUACCUUUCCGAAGAAACCAGAGGCCUUUCUUUUGGGCAUUGUCGGCCAAUUGGUGUUAAAGAAGGACAGAACUUUCUUUAUGUAUGCCACAACAGCAGCAAGAAUACUCAUUGCAAAGUAUUGGAAGACACAAGAUCUACCCACUCUGGAAGAAUGGCAGAUGAAGGUGAUUGACUACAUGGAACUGGCGGAAAUGACUGGCAGAAUCCGAGACCAGAGAGAAGAGAUGGUGAAAGAAGACUGGAAGAAAUUUAAAGACUAUUUACAGAAACAUUGUAAAAUUAAGGAAUCUUAGAAGGAUGUUGGAUAGAAACUAAGGGGUGUUUUAGCUGUAAUGCUUUAAGAGAUAUGAAAAAAGGUUUGCAACUGGGUAAUUUUAAUGGUAAGGAUUUGCUGAAUCAACAAAUUGAACUGGAAUACAAAAAAGGGAGGUAUGAGGAGGUCCGGGGAAAUAAGUAUAAGGAAGAUAGGUUAUGGAAAUUUAAUGUCCUUUUAAUUGUUUUAUCUGGUAUGUUUUCUUUUAUUUUUUACUUCUUUGGUUAUAUUUUUUUAAAAAAAAACUUUAUUUUUUUUUCUUUUUGUAUUCUGUAUUUUUUGUACUUUUUUGAAACUUUAAUAAAUAUCAUUUAAAAAAAUAAAAAAAUAAAAGGGACUAUUAGCAUCAGUUGCCCCGUCAACGCUUAGAUCCUAUAAGAAACCUUGGGCUGAUUUCUUGGCAUUCCGUAUUAAAUUAGGCAUUGUUACUCAGGACAAUCCCCCCCAAAAAGCAGAAGUGCUGAAAUAUUUAGUGCAUUUGCGUGGAAUGGGCCGUGCACCUAAGGCCCUUAACAUUCAGUCUUCAGUGAUUUCUUUCUUCUGUAAGGCCCUGGUAGAUCUUUGCGCCGACUUUAUAGUCCGGAAGGUGCUGGAGGGCUGGUGCAGGCUCCAGCCUCCCAGCGCAGAUGGUAGGAGACCCAUAACAUUCGACAUCCUGGGCCAAAUUCAUAAAAAACUAAGGUCUGUCUGUUGGUCUAAGUACGAAGCACGCUUAUUUUCUGCAGCGUACUCUGUUGCCUUUUUCGCCGCCUUACUGAAGGAUGUGACAUUAUCGCCUUCAGACGUACUUCUCCAUAUAUCUCGCUCAGACUUAGUUCUCCAUAUCCGUAGCUCCAAAACUGAUCAAUUAGGUAAAGGGGCCCUAAUUCGUCUUAUAGCAACUCAAAAGAAGGGACCAUGCCCAGUAAAGGACACAAGGCAAUUCUUAUAUUUGAGACCAAAUGCCCCUGGCCCCUUCUUCAUACAUGAGGACGGCUCCCGCCUUACAAGGCAUCAGUUUACGCGCGUCAUGCGCAAGGCAAUUGCUGCAUGCGGCUUUCCCCCUGCGGAAUUUGUGGCUCAUUCAUUUCAGAUUGGGGCAGCCACUACAGCGGUACACUUAGGCCUCCUGGCUGAAAGGAUAAAAAAUAUAGGGCGGUGGAAAUCUUCUUUUUUUUUUUGAUGUUGAGCUUCAGACCAUAUUUUGCGCUCUCCUCUUUCACCCUCAUUAAAAGGUUCCUUAAUUCCUCCUCACUUUCUGCCAUCAAGGUUGUGUCGUCUGCAUAUCUGAGGUUGUUGAUGUUUCUUCCGGCAGUCUUAAUUCGGCUUGGGAUUCAUCCAGCCCAGCCUUUCGCAUGAUGAAUUCUGCAUAUAAGUUAAGUAAGCAGGAGACAAUAUACAGCCUUGCCGUACUCCUUUCCCAAUUUUGAACCAAUCAGUUGUUCCAUAUCCAGUUCUAACUGUAGCUUCUUGUCCCACAUAGAGAUUUCUCAGGAGACAGAUGAGGUGAUCAGGCACUCCCAUUUCUUUAAGAACUUGCCAUAGUUUGCUGUGGUCGACACAGUCAAAGGCUUUUGCAUAGUCAAUGAAGCAGAAGUAGAUGUCUUUCUGGGACUCUCUAGCUUUCUCCAUAAUCCAGCGCAUGUUUGCAAUUUGGUCUCUGGUUCCUCUGCCUCUUCUAAAUCCAGAUUGCACUUCUGGGAGUUCUCUGUCCACAUACUGCUUGAGCCUUCCUUGUAGAAUUUUAAGCAUAACCUUGCUAGCGUGUGAAAUGAGUGCAAUUGUGCGGUAGUUGGAGCAUUCUUUGGCACUGCCCUUCUUUGGGAUUGGGAUGUAGACUGAUCUUCUCCAAUCCUCUGGCCACUGCUGAGUUUUCCAAAUUUGCUGGCAUAUUGAGUGUAGCACCUUAACAGCAUCAUCUUUUUAAAAUUUUAAAUAGUUCAGCUGGAAUAUCAUCACUUCCACUGGCCUUGUUAUUAGCAGUGCUUUCUAAGGCCCAUUUGACUUCACUCUCCAGGAUGUCUGGCUCAAGGUCAGUAACCACACUACCUGGGGUGUACGAGCCAUCCAUAUCUUUCUGGUAUAAUUCCUCUGUGUAUUCUUGCCACCUCUUCUUGAUGUCUUCUGCUUCUGUUAGGUCCUUCCCACUUUUGUCCUUUAUUACGGUAAUCUUUGUACGAAAUGUUCCUUUCACAUCUCCAAUUUUCUUGAACAGAUCUCUGGUUCUUCCCAUUCUGUUGUUUUCCUCUGUUUCUUUGCAUUGCUCGUUUAAGAAGGCCUUCUUGUGUCUCCUCACUAUUUUUUGGAAAUCUGCAUUCAAUUUCCUGUAUCUUUCACUAUCUCCCUCGCAUUUUGCUUGCCUUCUCUCCCCGCUAUUUGUAAGGCCUCGUUGGACAGCCACUUUGCUUUCUUGCACUCCUUUUCAUUGGGAUGGUUUUUGUUGCUGCCUCCUGUAUAAUGUUGCGAGCCUCCAUCCAUAGUUCUUCAGGCACUCUGUCCACCAAAUCUAAAUCCUUAAACCUGUUCCUCACUUCCACUGUGCAUUCAUAAGGGAUUUGAUUUAGAUUGUAUCUUACUGGCCCAGUGGUUUUCCUACUUUCUUCAGUUUAAGCUUGAAUUUUGCUAUAAGAAGCUGAUGAUCUGAACCACAGUCAGCUCCAGGUCUUGUUUUUGCCGACUGUAUAGAGCUUCUCCAUCUUUGGCUGCAGAGAAUAUAAUCAAUCUGAUUUCGAUGCUGCCCAUCUGGUGAUGUCCAUGUGUAGAGUCGUCUCUUGUGUUGUUGGAAAAGAGUGUUUGUGAUGACCAGCUUGUUCUCUUGGCAGAACUCUAUUAGCCUUUGCCCUGCUUCUGUUUUGAAUUCCAAACUUGCCAGUUGUUCCUUUUAUCUCUUGACUCCCUACUUUAGCAUUCCAAUCCCCUAUAAUGAGAAGAACAUCCUUCUUUGGUGUCAUUUCUAGAAGGUGUUGUAAGUCGUCAUAGACUUGGUCUAUUUCAGUUUCUUCAGCAGCAGCGGUUGGUGCAUAAACUUGGAUUACUGUGAUGUUAAAAGGUCUGCCUUGGAUACGUAUCAAGAUCAUUCUAUCAUUCUUGAGAUUGCAUCCCAGUACAACUUUCGCCACACUUUGGUUGUAAGUAUUUUAUGUUUUAUCCUUGGCCUUUUGCCCUCCCCCGAAAAAUUUUGAAAUCUCUGUCUGCCAUUUUUAAAAACAUUCAUCUUUCAGGAUGACUGGUAUUGACUGAAAAAGAAAUAGCAUUUUUGGCAACACAUUCAUUUUAAUCGCCGAUAUUUUCCUAACAAUGAGAGAUUCAUUCUACUCCACAUUUUUAGAUUUCUUUUUGCCUCAAGCCAAAUUUUUUCAUAGUUAUUUUUAAAUAGGUUUAUAUUUCUUGAUGUUAACCAAAUCCCUAAAUAUUUAACCUUUUUAUGGACUUCAAUCUCAAUGUUUUGUUCUAACUCGGUUCUUUCUUCUUCCUUCAUGUUUUAAACUAAUAAUUUAGUUUUAUUCCUAUUUAGUUAAAUCCUGCCACUUCCCCAAAUUUCUGAAUUUUUUCCUAUUACUUUAGGGAGUGAAGUUUUAGGUUCUUCCACUGUUAUCACUAGGACAUCUGCAUAUGCUUUCAACUUGAACUCACUUUUCCCAGUUUUUACACCUGUAAAAGGAAGGGAGAUAGUAGUAAUGGGGGACUUCAAUUACCCGGAUAUUUGUUGGAUGUCAAACUCAGCCAAGAGCAUAAGGUCAAACAGAUUCCUCACUGGCCUUGCAGACAACUUCAUUGUCCAGAAAGUGGGAGAAGCAACAAGAGGAACAGCCAUUUUAGAUCUGGUCCUAACCAAUGUUGAUGACCUGGUUAGUGCGGUAGAAGUGGAAGGAUCAUUAGGCGCGAGUGAUCAUGCUCUUCUGAAGUUUACUAUACAGCAGAAAGGAGCAGCCAAGCAUACUAGGACUCAAUUUCUUGACUUUAAGAAAGCCGACUUCAUAAAACUUAGGGAAAUGCUGGGUGAGAUCCCAUGGACAGUAAUACUAAAAGGAAAGGGAGUUCAUGAUGGCUGGGAGUUUGUUAAGAGGGAGAUAGUAAAAGCACAACUUCAGGCAAUACCAAUGAGACGGAAACAUGGAAGGUGCCUAAAGAAGCCAGGGUGGCUAUCUAAAGAACUUUUAACUGAGUUAAGAUUAAAAAGGAUGUGUACAAAAAUGGAAAAGGGGGAAACCACCAAAGAGGAAUUCAAACAAAUAGCCAGCACGUGUAGACACAAAGUCAGAAAAGCUAAAGCACAGAAUGAACUCAGGCUUGCUAGAGAGGUUAAAAGCAACAAAAAGGCUUUUAUGGGUAUGUCCGUAGCAAAAGGAAGAACAAAGAAACAGUGGGGUCACUCAGAGGAGAAGAUGGUGAAAUGCAAACAGGGGACACAGAAAGAGCUGAACUCCUCAAUGCCUUCUUUGCCUCAGUCUUCUCCGAUAAAGAAAACAAUACCCGACCUGAAGAAUUUGGAGCAAAUGAUUCAGCAAAGGAAACACAGCCCAGAAUAACUAAGGAGAUAGUACAAGAAUACUUGGCUAGUUUAGAUGUAUUCAAGUCUCCAGGGCCAGAUGAACUGCAUCCAAGAGUAUUAAAAGAACUGGCAGAUGUGAUCUCAGAACCACUGGCAGUCAUCUUUGAGAAUUCCUGGAGAACAGGCGAAGUCCCGGCAGACUGGAGGAGGGCAAAUGUUGUCCCUAUUUUCAAAAAGGGGAAAAGAGAGGACCCAAAUAAUUACCGCCCAGUCAGUCUGACAUCAAUACCAGGGAAGAUUCUGGAGCAGAUCAUUAAGCAAACAGUCUGUGAGCACCUAGAAAGGAAUGCUGUGAUCACUAAUAGUCAGCGUGGAUUUCUGAAAAAUAAGUCAUGUCAGACUGACCUGAUCUCUUUUUUUUGACAGAAUUACAAGCCUGGUAGAUGAAGGGAACGCAGUGGAUGUAGCCUACCUUGAUUUCAGCAAGGCAUUUGACAAGGUGCCCCAUGAUAUUCUUGUAAAGAAGCUGGUAAAAUGUGGUCUUGACUAUGCUACCACUCAGUGGAUUUGUAACUGGCUGACUGACCGAACCCAAAGGGUGCUCAUCAAUGGUUCCUCUUCAUCCUGGAGAAGAGUGACUAGUGGGGUGCCACAGGGUUCUGUCUUGGGCCCGGUCUUAUUCAACAUCUUUAUCAACGACUUGGAUGAUGGACUCAAGGGCAUCCUGAUCAAAUUUGCAGAUGACACUAAAUUGGGAGGGGUGGCUAACACCCCAGAGGACAGGAUCACACUUCAAAACGACCUUGACAGAUUAGAGAACUGGGCCAAAACAAACAAGAUGAAUUUUAACAGGGAGAAAUGUAAAGUAUUGCACUUGGGCAAAAAAAUGAGAGACACAAAUACAAGAUGGGGACACCUGGCUUGAGAGCAGUACAAGUGAAAAGGAUCUAGGAGUCUUGGUUGACCACAAACUUGACAUGAGCCAACAGUGUGACGCGGCAGCUAAAAAGCCAAUGCCAUUCUGGGCUGCAUCAAUAGGAGUAUAGCAUCUAGAUCAAGGGAAGUAAUAGUGCCACUGUAUUCUGCUCUGGUCAGACCUCACCUGGAGUACUGUGUCCAGUUCUGGGCACCACAGUUCAAGAAGGACAUUGACAAACUGGAACGUGUCCAGAGGAGGGCAACCAAAAUGGUCAAAGGCCUGGAAACGAUGCCUUAUGAGGAACGGCUAAGAGAGCUGGGCAUGUUUAGCCUGGAGAAGAGGAGGUUAAGGGGUGAUAUGAUAGCCAUGUUCAAAUAUAUAAAAGGAUGUCACAUAGAGGAGGGAGAAAGGUUGUUUUCUGCUGCUCCAGAAAAGCGGACAAGGAGCAAUGGAUCCAAACUACAAGAAAGAAGAUUCCACCUAAACAUUAGGAAGAACUUCCUGACAGUAAGAGCUGUUCGACAGUGGAAUUUGCUGCCAAGGAGUGUGGUGGAGUCUCCUUCUUUGGAGGUCUUUAAGCAGAGGCUUGACAGCCAUAUGUCAGGAGUGCUCUGAUGGUGUUUCCUGCUUGGCAGGGGGUUGGACUCGAUGGCCCUUGUGGUCUCUUCCAACUCUAUGAUUCUAUGAUUCUAUGAUUCUAAUCUCUUUAUCUGCUCUUAUGUUUUUGGCAAGUACUUCUAAGACCAGGAUAAAUAAUAAUGGUGAUAAUGGGCAUCCUUGUCUCAUUCCUUUUUGGAUCUUACAAUUAUCUGCUAUCACCUGAUUUAUAAUUAGUUCGGCUUUUUGUUCUGAAUAGACUGCUGCUAUUCCUUUUAAAAACUUAGAACCGCUUCUGAUUUGUUCUAACAGCUUUAGCAUGAACUUCCAAGAAACAUUAUCAAAAGCUUUUUCAGCAUCUAUAAACAUCAUUGCCACUUUCUUUUCAUUUUUAACCUCCAAAUAGUCUAUUAUAUUCAAAAUAUUCCUAAUAUCCUCCUUCAUUUGUCUUUCUGGUAAAAACCCAGCUUGAUCUUGAUGUAUAUAUUCAUUUAAUAUUUUUUAAAAUCUAUUAGCUAGAAUAUUUGCAAACAAUUUGUAAUCAUUAUUUAACAAGGAGAUAGGUCUAUAGUUUUUAAUUUACAGCAAAUCUGCGUCUUGUUUUGGAAUUACUGUUAUAUAGGCCUGUUUCCAUGUUUCUGGGAUUUCGCCUGUGUUCAAUAUUUCAUUCAUAACAUCUUUCAAUGGGUUCACUAAUUGUUCAUUUAAUUUCUUAUAAUAUUUUGCCAUAAAGCCAUCCGGGCCUGGAGACUUGCGGCUUGCAGCAAGUUGUAUAUAUAAGUGAGAAAUGUUAGUUUGUGCUGAGGCUGGUGUCUGGAGGUUGGGUUGGUUGGUUGGUUGGUUGGUGCUGGUGUGUAUAGUUAUUCAGUCGUGUUUUGCACAAAGACUUUUAAGAAUAAAACUCUGCAAGAAUAUUCUCGUGGACUCUUUUAUGCAGACAAGGGUCCGAGGACCAGGCUGAAGAGACAAAGGGAGGUCAGAACCCCCCCUUUUUUUUUUUGCUUUUUACAAACACUGACAGGUUAUGGGCCCAGUGUUUCUGAGCAUGUGCAGAGUGCAAAACGACUGACAGCAUCUGAGCAGGGAGCUGGUGAGUCCUGGUGGUGUACGAAGCCAGUGGCUGUGCGUUUGAGCAGUUGGUGGCAAGCUGUAACUGUCUGCAGCAACGCUGGAGCGGCUAGGAUCUGAGGAUCAGGAAAGCACUCAGCAUCGGCUGCUGGAACAGUUUGAACUGCUAGAGGACCACAGCAGGCGACUCACAGAGCGGCUACACCAGUUGCAGAGCCAGGCAGGACCUGAGGGUCAACGGAGGCAGCUGCUAGAAGCCGGUGAGUGCCAGCCAGGACCAUCCAGUUGGACUCUAAAGAGAGAGUCAGGAGAGAUUGCUGAAGGCCCCCCAGAAGGGGCUCAGCAAGCACCAGCAGAGAUGGCAGAUUUCCAGUCUUCCCAAGUUGUAAAUAUUGGGGGAGGCAUCCCUUUUGAACUUCUCUCAGAGAGCAACUGGCUGAGUUGGUCAAUUAAAAUGCAGCAGUUGUUAAGGAGAGAUGGACUAUGGGACUGUGUUGAAACUGAGGUUUCGAGAUGGGACUCUGCUGAGAAAAAACGGCUGGAUGAAAGGGCCCGUGCCCAAAUUAUGCUGUGUUUGAGCAACUCUCAGUUAUUGCAUGUAGCAAAUGCCAGCACAGCGUUUGAGUGCUGGAAUUUAUUAAGGGCAAUGCAUGUCAGAGCAACUGCUGGAACUAUAAUUUCUCUGACCAGAAGGCUGUUCAGGACUGUUAUGAAAGAAGGUGAGAGUUUGGCAACUCAUCUUCAAACGCUGAAAUCUCUGUUUCUUCAACUACAGCAGAGAGGUAAGCGUUAUGAUGAGACUGACCAAGCCUACAUUAUUCUUUCAAGUUUGCCUGAAAGCUGGUUGCCUGUGAUUAACAGCAUGGAGAGUAUGCGUCCCCGAGAUCUGACCCUUGAGUAUGUGGUUGGAAAAUUGACCGAAGAAGCAGAAAGAAGGUCAGAUAGACAGGCUGAACUCCAAGAGUGGAGGAGUUACAGUCGAGGGGGCCAGCAGCAGAAUCUGCCAAUGGAGCAAUGCCAAGGCUUGGACUUGGCCAUGGCGGUGAGGAGGUGCUAUAGAUGCAACCAACCCGGGCAUCUCCAACGUCAAUGCAGGGCAAGACUUCCAGGAGACGACAUGGAGCAGAGACAGCAAUGGACGCAGAAACGUAAGCAGAAGGGGUUCUCUUCAGGGAAGAAGAACACGCGUUCUGCUCAGUUUGUGUCUGCAUUUUCUCGGGAGGAGAGGAAGAUACCUCGAGGAACAUGGUUGCUGGACUCUGGGAGCAGCAGGAUUAUCUGCAACCGUCGGGAGGACUUUAAGACCCUGGGGAAGCCAGCCGAUGGAAAAGACUCAAUCUAUCUUGCUGAUGGUCGUAGAAGCAAGAUUGAUGGCCAGGGAACAUGUUUCCUGCAGUGCUUGAACACUACUCUACCAGAGACUCUGUUUGUCAGCAGUUUGGACUAUUGUUUACUGUCUGUAAGCUGUUUGAUUAAUGCAGGGUAUAGUGUUAAGUUCACGCAGGAUGGCUGUCUGAUAAAGAAUGGAACUCAGGUAUGUGGCCAUGCAAAGUUGGAAAAUGGGUUAUAUGUAAUGCAGGACAAGCCUGUUAAAGCAGCCCAGGUGGUUCAGAAUAAUUUGCCAGUUCAUAAGGGGUGUGUACAUGAACUGCACAGGAAACUGGGUCACGCCAAUUUCCGUGUGCUUGCAGAGAUGCAAAAGGUGUGCAAGAACCUAAAAGUAAAUAGCUGUAACUGUUUCCUAGAUUGCAAUGUAUGUAAAAUGGCCAAAUCUAAGAAGAAGCCUGUGGCUUCUAAAAGUGACAGAGUAUCUAAAGAGGUUUUAGAACUUGUCCAUUGUGACGUGAUAGGCCCUUUUCCGCAGAAGACUGAAGGGGGCGCCAGAUAUGCUUUUCUGGUAAUAGAUGACAAAUCACGUUUUAGUUGGCUGUUUUUGUUAAAGCAGAAAUCUGAGUGUUUCCCCACAUUCAGAGAAUGGGUUGCCCAAGCUGAAAAGCUCUUCGCUCGCCCUGUGGUGCAGUUGCAAACAGAUAGGGGCGGAGAAUUUCUGAACAAACAAUUUGGGACAUGGUUGCGACGUAAGGGGAUCACUCACCGUUUGACUAACCCUUAUAGCCCUGCUGAAAAUGGUCUGUGUGAAAGACGUGGGGCUGUAAUACAGUCAGUAAAGGACUGCCUGCUAGUGGAUGCAGGAUUGGACCACAACCAUCGGCUGUGGGGCGAGGCUUUUCUGACAGCAAACUUUUUGAUUAAUAGAACCUGGUCUAGCUCUAUAAAAGAUAUUCCAUAUUGUGUGUUGUUUGGGAAAGAACCAGAGUGGACAAUGCUCCAUAACUGGGGUGCUUGGGCACAUGUAAAUAUUCCCAAAGCUCAGCGCCAGAAAGGGGGCGCUAGAGCGCAGAAACUGCGGUUUGUGGGAUAUCAGUCCUAUGGCAAAAGGUGGCGUUUCAAUUUACGCCCAGGACGAGCGGUUCUGUCACGAAGUGCAGACUUUGCUGAGCAGGACAGAUGGACUGCGAUCCAUGCCAACCCAGAUUGCCUACUGCCCCUGCAAGUAA